AUAAGUAACUGUGAAAAAAUGAACCUUAUAAACUUAUGUUAUGUGUUGAACAAAAAGUAGAGAAUUUAUUUACUGAUUCUGAAGAUGAUUUAAUUAUUUUUUGCUGCUGUGGUUGUGAUUGUUUCAAGAAAUUAUAAUUAGAAAGGAAAAACAUUGAAAAAACUAGUACAUUCAUUACAUGCUGUUUAUCAAUGUGACUCGAUAAUUGAUGUGCGAUGCUUGUUUUAGCCAGUGUCCUAUUGCAAUAGUGUAAUUGCAAAAUGGCAACUCAGAUGGUGAUGCCGAGUCUUCAACGGUUGUUUACAGAGACAAUGUUGAUACCAGUGAUCUUUCGCCAAACAUUGCCCACUCUGGGUCUUCCUCAACCACCCAUUAUUACCCUUCAUCAACCUCAACCUCUCGUCCAAAUUCAUUGGACUCUAUGGUUAAGCCAAAUAUUGAUAUUGAUUCAAGCAAUCCGGUAAACAAUGGUCGAGAAGAUCCACUUCAAAAAAUUUUACCCAAAGUUCGUUUCAAUUGUUCUGGACGACCUGAAAGCUAUUAUGCUGAUCCCGAUUUCAAUUGUGAAGUAUUUCACUACUGUAAAACAAAUGGAUUUCGUUUUACUUUUGUUUGUCCUCCUCGAUCUCAAUUUAAUCAGAAACAUAUGACCUGCGAUUAUGAUAAACCUGGAGAUGCUCUUUGCUCUAAACCAUCUAACGAAUCACUUACCUCAACUGACAAUUAUAGUAACCAAUCUCCAGCCUCAAUCGACAGUGAACUGAUAACAGUUCUUGGUUCAACAGAGCGACCCUUUACACCUAUAACACCAUCUGCUUCACCCACUCCUUCAUAUUCAUCACCCGAAUGGCCAAACAGUGGACCAUCAACUGUAUCUUCUGAUAAACAUGAUUCCGCUUAUGGAUUUGAACCACUUGAACAUGGACAACCUUAUGGACAUUUUCCUUCACUGGGAUCAACAGACGAGGAAGAUUUUAAUCGAGGUAAUUCCCACGAGGUUCAAGAAACUUCAAAGAAAACUUCAUUCGCUGAUCCACCUUCUGAUAUAGAAAAUUCAUACAAAAGUUCACCCAAACCAAACCAUGACAUAGUUUCAGUUUCAACGGAGUCAAUUCCUGACAUUGCAGUCUCUAGUGGAUCACCUAAAUCUCGAAUACCCAUCGGUUAUUCAAGUCCGAUGCCCGAUAUUGACGAAACCUCUAACAAAGACUCUUCUGGUGGUUUUAAGCCUGUUUUCAUGGACAAAGGAUCAGGUAGUGGUGGACCAAGAAAAUAUUCAACCGUUGCACCACCAAUACUUGAAAUUGAAGCUGCCGAUAAUUCAGGAAAAGUGGAUCUCCCCAGUUCAAUGACAACAGGUUCUCCCUUUUCCGUUGGCCCAGCAUAUUCAACAUCACUAACUCCAUCUUAUUCACCAUCAACACCAGUAUUUUCAACUUCAUUCUCAUCACCUUCUACUUCAUCUUCCUCACCAUCCUCCUCACCACCAUCAGCAUCUUUUUCACCUUCAACUACAACUCCAAUGCCAGCAACAAGUGCAACACCCAUACAACAGUCGACGAUAUCAUCUCCACCACGAUCCAAAUAUCAUUCAUUGGACGAUGGAAAUGAUCUUAAACCUUUAACUAAAAUUACUGUUCAACCAAUCGAUCUUAAUUAUCUAAAUUCAAAUCGAAACUUGAAACCCAAAGCAACUUCUAACUCACAGAGAACCAGUCAGCGGCAGCCACCAUCAACAUCUUCAAACACAUAUUUCUCUCGCCCCAUAACCAGCAAGGUUAAAGAUGAUUAUAAUAAUAAUAAUAAGGUUACGAGUAACGGUAAAGGAAAUGGCAAUCAAAAUAAUCUUCAUAAUGUAAAAUCACGAGUCAACAAGCCAACCAAAUACUCUACAUAUUCACUUUUCAACGAUAUAAGAUCCGAUUCACGUAAUUCAUUAACAAAUGGUAAAACCUCUCAUCAUGCAUCUAAAAGUUCAUUUGAACCCAUACUGGGUUUAACCCAAUUUGGCCAAUAUACACCAUCUUAUUUGGAAAAUAUUGAUCGAGGUGCAUAUCCAUUAAAUUUUAAUCGAUCUCGUCCUUUGGUCUUGUCAGGUCAAUCAUCAGCAUCAUCAGUAGCAACAGCUGCAUCAACUCCAUCAAUUAGUUCAGCUUUUCUUGAAAGUCAAGCAGCUAAGUUUGCUCAAAUUGCUAAAUUGAAUUUGGAGAAGAGCAAUUCUCAUCGGGAUCCAUUUGCAUUUGAUUAUACAGCCCUGUCUCAAACUGAUUUACCCAUCUUUCACCCUGUUUAUGACCAAUUCCAUCCUGGGGGACAGCGAUCAACUUUAGCUACUGUAAACAGUCAAUUACAAGAAAAAUUUGUAUCAGAAAAGGAGCAACUUUUCAAAAAAUUGAGGCAACAAUACGCUCAAGAUCAAAUUCGUAAGCAACUUCACCAAUCGCUUACCGACCAUGUUCAACAGCAGGGUCAACAACAGCAAAGUAAUACUUUAACUGGAGCAAAUUUGUUCGCAAACUCUGGUAAACCACUGACAAGCUUGGGUUCUGCUCCUGUAAUGGCAACCUCUGCUAGUACACCGUUACAACAAAUGACUCAAAGCACUUCACUCAUACCAAGUGUUACACUCGAAGAGGAAGAAGCCAAAUAUCCAGACUAUUUCUACGGUUUACCUAAAUUAUCCGCACUUUCUCAACCUUCCUCAAUGCCUCCUGGUAAAUCAACAUCAAUUCCCAAAUUUGAUGGAAACUUGUUACACUCAGUUGCUAACGGUCAAAAUACAGGUUCACAGUUCUCUACUUUUAAUAAUCCGUUUGUCAGUGAGUCGAACGAUGCAAAUAAAAAACAACCAAUAGAACCAUAUCGUCUUCCCAUCGGAAAGAGACCUGCUAAUCCAGUUCAAGCUACGUCCUCAUCCUCUCUUGUCUCAUCUCUUCAACGUCUUCCCUGGGUCAAUUCAAAAAACUCACCAGUUGCACCAGAUAACAAUUGCUACCUCAGCAUCAAUAUGAUCAUAGUGUGCACGUAGUCCUAUAUAAUAUGAUCAAACAGCUGCAUCUUCAGGCAACUAAUGCUCAAACCUCUCGACGGACCGUUUUUCUCCCAGAUUACCAAAUUUUUCAGCUCUGCAUCUUUUCCUAGACCAUCAAAUCUAUUUCCUCAGAUCACUGCCAAAUCAUCUACAAACUUUCCAUUCUCAUAUGAUCAACUCUCCUCAUCGCCCAUGAACUCACCCUCUGGUUAUUCAAAUCUUUUCUCAAAUGGUAAUUUCCACUAAUCUGAACAAUUUUGACUAAAAAACGAGACAAAGAAACUGAACUGAAAAAGAAGAGUUUUUUUGUCAGAAUAAAUUAUCAAUAACAAGAGUAAA